UUUCUGCCACAAAUGUCUAAAAUAAUGUCUGGGUUUUUGGGUUUCUUUGUGGGUCUUUUGUUGUUGGUGGGUGCGGCUGUUGCUACCUCUGCCAAGUUUGAUCAACUCUUCCAACCAAGUUGGGCUUUGGACCAUUUCAUUCAUGAAGGAGACCUUCUUAAACUCAAACUUGACAAUUAUUCUGGUAAAAGCGGGUUUUGGAUCUAAAAGCAAGUAUAUGUUUGGGAAAGUCACCAUCCAGCUCAAGCUGGUGGAGGGUGACUCUGCUGGAACUGUCACUGCUUUCUAUAUGUCAACGGAUGGUCCAAACCACAACGAGUUUGAUUUUGAGUUUUUGGGCAACACUUCAGGGGAACCUUACUCAGUUCAAACCAAUGUGUACGUGAAUGGAGUGGGUAACAGGGAGCAAAGGCUCGACCUUUGGUUCGACCCCACCCAGGAUUUCCAUACAUAUUCUAUAUUCUGGAAUCAACGGCAAGUUGUGUUUCUAGUGGAUGAAACGCCAAUAAGGGUGCACUCAAACAUGGAACACAAGGGAAUUCCUUUUCCUAAAGACCAACCCAUGGGUGUAUACAGUUCUAUAUGGAAUGCAGACGAUUGGGCCACACAGGGUGGUCGUGUGAAGACGGAUUGGAGCCAUGCACCCUUCAUUGCCACCUACAAGGCCUUCGAAAUCAAUGCCUGUGAGUGUCCUGUGUCAGUGGCUGCGGUGGAUAAUGCUAAGAGGUGUAGUAGUAGUGAGGAUAAGAAGUAUUGGUGGGAUGAGCCUAAUUUGUCUGAACUCAGCUUGCAUCAGAGCCAUCAGCUUAUGUGGGUUAAGGCCAAACAUAUCUUCUAUGACUAUUGCGCUGACACUGCUAGGUUCCCUGUCACUCCUGCUGAGUGUGUCCAUCACCGUCACAAUUGAUCAUGUCUUUUGUUUUAGAUAAGGGAAGUAAUGAAAAUAGGAUU